AUGGCUGCACCAGGCAAAUCCGGUACCAACGGAGGAGACAUCACAGGCCCUGGAGAUGGCUCCUUUCCCCUGGCGGCCCAAAUUCCGUUGGAAGACUUUCAACUGCCCAGUUUCCCUGAGGAAGCAAAUAGAUUAAGGGAGCUUACCUUGACCGCAGACAUCAAGAUGGACGAAUAUCAAACCCUGGUGGGACCACAACUCACCGAUGCUGUCCGUGGCCAACAACCCUUACCCAAUCUACCCAAGUCCAUCACUCACCUAACACUGGAACUCUUCGGCCUAGGCUUCCCAGGCAACCCACCCUUCCUCACCCGCCUCGCCAGAUCCCUUCCAAACCUCCGCAGCGUGACCUUCUUCAGCUGCCUGAUCGACGGCAUCAACGAAGACUCACGAAAGGACGCCGAGAAAUUCUUCGGGGUCGCCACGCACCUUCAAGAGCUCCACAUCAUCGACUCCUUCGCCAGGCCGGGCUUCUUCAAGAAAAUCGGCGACAUCUUCUCCACCCGCUCCAAACCCAGCGACUCCACCACGGCUAGCGAAGGCCUUAAAGUCGUCGACGCGAGCUACACGUUCCGUGGCCACGAAGACAGCGACUUCCUGGCGCGGAUCCAAGGCGAGGAACUCAGCGGGCUGAUCGUGCCCGGGAUCGUCGGCGCAAGCUUCUCCUUCGUGCCCGUGACCGAAGACGAGCUGGCCGAGAGCACGAAAGACGCCGACGGCGAAGAGGUGAAAGAGAAGCCCGCGGAGGGCGUCCUACCGUUCGCCAGCGAUGGACGCGCGCCCACGGCCGCGAAGAAGCGCUUCGAGAACCUCAGCGCCGACGGCGCCCUCUCGUCCCUCCGCGUGCUGAAUCUCAGCAUGUGGACGCUCACCGCUGCUGAAGUGGGACACCUCCUGUACGCGAGUGCGGGCGGCGGGGCAGGGAACCUCGUCGACUUGACGGCCAGCGUGCUGCUCGAGGACGGCUGGUUCGACGCAUUGGUCGAAGGGUUGGCGUACAAAGGCGUGGGCGCUGCGUUGGAGGGCAUUGAGAUCGUCGGCGUCCCCGUCCAAGGAAAACAGGAGGGUGAGGACUGGCAGCACGGCGCGAUCAAACUCGUUGAGCUGGAUGACCUCAAGAAGCUGGAAGCUGCGGCCCCUAACCUGGCGAAGCUCGAGAUGAAUGUCCUCAAGGUCAAGAGUGGGCCGAAGGCUGUGUUUGGGCGGGAUGAGGCUGGGAAGUGGGUAAAGCUAAGUUAA